AUGGGUAAUAGCUGCAGUGAGACAAAGGACUCUACUGUGAGGUUCGAAGCACGAGCACCGGCUAGAGCUUAUGCGAUCCGCGCACGAGAGGAAGCGUCACCGCCAGAUGUUAUUAUUGGUACAUUUUCUAUCUUUGAUACUAAUGUUUCUGCUUUCAGUGAUCUAGGAUCAACAUAUUCAUUUGUAUGUAGGAAUCUAGUGACAAGUAAGAAAUUGUCUUUCAAGUCUAUUGAGUUUGUGAUUAAAGUAACGAACCCCCUAGGUCAAUAUGUGCUAGUUGAUAAAGUUUGUAAAAUCCGUCCUUUGAUGAUUCGAGGUUGCUUUCCGGCCGAUUUAAUGCUACUACCCUUUGAUAAGUUUGACAUGAUUUUGGGUAUGGAUUGGUUGACUCUGCAUGAUGCUGUUCUGAACUAUAAAUGA